CGACUUCCUGGCUCUGCUACAUAUCAACCACCCGACUCGCGGCGCCUGUGAGGAGCGCCGUCUGCGCGAACUCAUCCUAGAACGAUAUCUUGACACCGUUGGAUAUCGUCGCUGGCCCAGACACUUGAAGCGCGACGAGCCUCUCACCCUCUCGCUCAAGGACCUGAAUGCAUAUCUCAUGGGCGUCUCUAUCGCUACCUAUCAGUAUGCCAGCGCUGCCGACACAUACCUCCAGUCACAGUCGCACGACCCUGCUGCCCUUGCGCUGUGUAGGAGCUUCACCGGCGCUACGCGGUCGUACACGCGGGUCGUCCUCCGACUGAGAGCGCAGGCAGAAGCAGGCUGGGACAGCGAUGCGUUCCGCUCGCCGCUGUACCGGUCUGGUCAUGCACCCCUGUUGCGUGUCUUCGUUCCAAGCCCUCAAGGUGGGUGGUUGGGCGAUGAGAGUGUGGUUGAGUGCGAAAAGGAACUACGUCGUGCCGGCGUGAUGAAGCUCGUGCGGCGCGGGGACGUCGUCUGGGAUGCGGCCGUUUCCGACGAAGGGAACAUUGGUCGCCUGAUUUGGGAUGGAAACUACCUUCUCGACCUGGAGUACAACUAUUCCCCGUCAGGCCAGCUCCCGCAUUACUUCAACUCCCUGGCAUAUCCACCUUCCUACUGGCACAAGGUCAUUCGGACGAAUACGAACCCGCUCGCUUUCAUCGACUUGAGGCCAUAUGGGCGGGAGAUCAUGCAGAAUGUCCAACUCGUCCAGGAUCGCGUGCAGUCUGAGACUCCGCAAGGUGGAUACCAUACCAUCGUCGGAUAUUCCCACCGUUCGGUAGCGAGGCUCCUACGCGGCACCCCAAUUCCUGAAUCGAAGGAAGUGGUCGAUGCCGGCUGGGAUGGGCGCAUUAUCGUCGAGACCGAGGGUACGAAUGAGGGCUUGGCAGAUCUGCAAUUGCGCUGCAGUUCUCGGGGAACGAAGAGUGUAUAUAGAAUUCUUCGAGAGAAGAGCAGACCAGGAGAAGUGUGGAUCCGGUGUGUGAGAGCCAAAGAAAAAAUCCUCCAGUGAGUGAUGCACAUGCGUUGUUGUUCUGGUAUGCCCCUUUACGACUACUUAUUUCUGUAUGGUCCGAUGGGACAUUGUCCGAAUAUUGUUGGUAUACCAUGAGGUAUUUUGAUACACGGACUACUGCAUUUAGAUACACC